AAGUUACAUCACAAUCUGAGUACUUUGGGGUUUCUGCAGUGGGUGUAGUCCCUCCAGUUUCAUGCACCCUGUGAGCAGGUCGCUAAUCGAGUGAAGAGACCUGAAGGUUACCUGUAUAGACGUUGCAAGUUAAUGUGUACGUGAGAGGCAUUAAAAAUGGAGAAAGCUGAGCUGGUUGAGAAAGCAAAGUUCGCCGAGCAGAUGGAGCGCUAUGACGAUAUGGCGGCCGCCAUGAAAGCCGUUGCGGAAAAAGGCGAAGAGCUCUCAAACGAGGAGCGGAACCUGCUCUCCGUCGCCUACAAGAAUGUGGUCGGCACCCGCCGCUCCUCCUGGCGUGUCAUCUCCAGCAUCGAGCAGAAAGACGACAAUAGCGAUAAGAAGCUGCAGAUGGUAAAAUCUUACCGAGAGAGGAUUGAGAAGGAGCUUCAGGAUAUCUGCAAUGAUGUUCUGGGCCUUCUGGAUGAUUAUCUUAUCAAAAAAGCAUCCACUUCUGAGAGCGAGGUCUUCUACCUGAAAAUGAAGGGAGAUUACUACAGAUACCUAUCCGAAGUUGCAAGCGAGGACAAGAAGAAGAGUACGGUGGAUAAGUCUCAAAAUGCCUACAAAGAAGCAUUUGAAAUCAGUGAAGCUCACAUGCAGCCAACACAUCCCAUCCGCCUGGGCCUUGCCCUCAACUUCUCCGUGUUCUAUUACGAGAUCCUGAACUCUCCUGAUAAGGCGUGUCAACUGGCAAAAACGGCAUUCGAACAAGCAAUUGCAGAACUGGACACAUUGAAUGAUGAGUCAUACAAAGACAGCACCUUGAUUAUGCAGUUACUACGAGACAACCUAACUUUGUGGACCUCGGACAACCAGGGAGAAGAGGUGGAGCAGGCCGAGGGGGAGAACUAAGCCUGCAAGCUUCCUUCAUUUAUUCACUUUCACCUCCUGUCUGCCAAACUGCCCCUCUUGGUUCUCACUGACUUAUUUUAGGUAUUGCACCCCAUCCCCUUGGGAUCAACUCUGGGUUCACCUACACAGAUCACCUGUUUCCUGAUGCACCCACAAACUUGGGGUGGGGGGGGGGGGGGUGGGGGGGAGAGUCUAAGCUAUCCUGCUUCUUGCAGUUCUUUGGGUAGGUGGUUGUUAUCAAAAUUUCUUUCGGAUGGUAAAAUUGGCCUGUUGACGGUGAGGGUGGAGUAGAGGGAGCAGUUGGUGCUUGGAGCACUGCUUGGUGAGAGACUUGUUGCUUGUUAAAUAAAUCUACCCUCUAGAGGUAGGUUCAGUUUUCUGCAUUUUCCUACUUGGCGACAUCCCUCCCAAACUGGCCGUUCCUCAUUUGUUUCCUCCAUGUACAAUCGCGUUGCCCUCUCACCCUCCCUGCUCUUGAGGAGCAGUGCUGCAAACUACCAUCCCUGUGUUGGUGGCUUCACAGCUCCCGUGGCGCUGGGAACGGGGUGCAGAGGGGGUCUUUUCUCUAAUUAUGGGAGUAAGAUGGUUGAAUAAUUAAUUGCUGGUGAGCUUUUGCUGUCAGGCAGGCCACUGGGACCACUUUAUUAUGCAAAGGCCUGAAUGUCGAUCACCCCAGUGAUCUCAAUGGAUCACCAUCCCUUUCCCUUCCCGCUCUUCUACACAAACCCUUGUGAGGGCACACUUCCAAAUCUGACUCUGUUCACGAUUCUACAUCAGGUGUGCUUGGUGCUCAGUUUCCUGUUCCCUCUGAUCUCCUUGCGCUCACUUUCCCCACCACCACACUGCUGAGUGUGUAUCAAAUCACUCCUCACCAUCAUCCCCUCCCAUCCAUUCGCGCUCUCCUAAUUGUAAUGUCUACUCACCUGUGGUAAUAACUGGUAGCUGCAGCAACAACCUGCAACCUUUUCUAAUCACUGUGCAGAUAUAUUUCUGGUAUUUCAAUACUAAAAUAGAAAUCUCUCUAACAUGAAUUACAUCAGCCUAGACCUUAGCUUGAGACACCUUGGACCUACAUUUCCCCAGACGUGGUUUUGGGGGGGGGGGGGUGGGGGGAAGGGCUUUGUAUGAUGCCUUUUAAUUUAUCAUUUCCUACAUCUUUAUGAGUAAUGCCAUUUAUUAAAAACUUUAAGUUGUACCCAAGAGCAGGCGUUACCUCCACCAGACUAGCCUCCCCUCUUUGCUCCUCUCGGCACCAAGUGCAGACUCUGGGAUUUUCUGUCAGCAUUCAUUGUUCGGGCUUGCUUCUCGGCACUCCACACUAGAGCCGGAGUGUCAGCUUAGAGGUUUUGUAAUUCUGUUAACCUGCACACUCACCUGCAUUGUUGGAGAAAGGGCUGAAAUGGAGAGGGGAGGGGACCAUACUGGGUGAGAAUGUACAAAAUAUCAGUGUCGCAGAAAGCAUUUCUGAUUUUUUUUUUGUUUUCCUCUGAUCACAUUCCACAGACGUGCACCCCUCAUCUGUUGGUCAUUUUUGUCUGUUUGUCCACUGGAACAUGUACCGUGCACUAUGUUUAAAAAAAACAAUUGAAAUUACUUUUACCUGACUUUUGGUGACCUCUAGUAGUGAACGUGGAGCGGCCUCUUGUCUUGCAUCUGUGUAUCCCAUGGCUGCCUCUCUGCUUUGUUUUUACUUUACUGACCAGUAUUCUGCCUUCAUUCACUUCCGUGACUGUUGCAGCACGCAUGAUUGUGGAACCGUAGAGCAAACAUAUUAAAUUUGUUUUUUUUUUGAUGUACGAUUAGCUUUGUGUAAGUUUCUUUUUCCAUAAUUGGACUGCAAGGAAAGUCAAUCCAGAACGUGCAAGACGGUUCAAAGUGAAAUAAAAGUUUUAUUGAGAAA